AAAAUGGCCACCGGCGGCGGCGCGGAGGAGGAGAGGAAGCGGGGGCGGCCCCAGCUCCUGCCCCCCGCGCGGCCCGCGGCUCGCGGCGAGGAGGCCGAGGGCGGCCGCGAGAAGAUGGGCUGGGCCCAGGUGGUGAAGAACCUAGCCGAGAAGAAGGGCGAGUUCCGCGAGUCGCGGUCGUCGCGGCGGGAAGAGGAGGGAGGCAGCGGCGUGGGCGGCGGGCUCGGCGCCCCCGCGGGCUUGGCGGCGCCGGGCCUCGGCGACUUCCCCCCGGCCGGCCGCGGGGACCCGAAGGGUCGGCGGAGAGACCCGGCCGGCGAGGCGGCGGAUCCCCGCAAGAAGAAGGGUGCACCCGAGGCGGGCCGGAGGAAGAAGGCCGAGGCGGCGGCGGCCAUGGCGGGCCCGGCCAGGCCUGGCGUGGCUGAGGACGCGGCCGAGCGGCCCGCUCAGGACGAGCAGGCAGUGGCGACGGGCCCCGCAGCGGGCCCGGGCAAGGGCCGCUUCCUGGUGCGCAUCUGUUUCCAGGGAGACGAGGGCGCCUGCCCGACCCGGGACUUCGUUGUGGGCGCGCUCAUCCUGCGUUCCAUCGGCAUGGACCCGAGCGACAUCUACGCGGUCAUCCAGAUCCCAGGCAGCCGCGAGUUCGACGUGAGCUUCCGCUCGGCGGAGAAGCUGGCCCUGUUCCUACGCGUCUACGAGGAGAAGCGCGAGCAGGAGGACUGCUGGGAGAACUUUGUGGUGCUGGGGCGGAGCAAGUCCAGCUUGAAGACGCUCUUCAUCCUCUUCCGGAACGAGACGGUGGACGUGGAGGACAUCGUGACCUGGCUCAAGCGCCACUGCGAUGUGCUGGCAGUGCCCGUGAAAGUGACCGACAGGUUUGGGAUCUGGACCGGGGAGUACAAGUGUGAGAUCGAGCUGCGCCAGGGGGAGGGCGGGGUCAGGCACCUGCCGGGGGCCUUCUUCCUGGGGGCCGAGAGGGGCUACAGCUGGUACAAGGGGCAGCCCAAGACGUGCUUUAAAUGUGGUUCCCGGACCCACAUGAGCGGCAGCUGCACGCAGGACAGGUGCUUCAGGUGCGGGGAGGAGGGUCACCUGAGCCCUUAUUGCCGGAAGGGUAUCGUGUGUAACCUCUGUGGCAAGCGAGGACACGCCUUUGCCCAGUGUCCCAAAGCAGUUCACAAUUCCGUGGCAGCUCAGCUAACCGGGAUGGCUGGGCACUGAACACCCACCUGCCUGCCAGGGUGAACACAGAGCCAUCUUACCCCUCUUAAGUGCCAAAACUUUUUUUUAAACCUACAAGAGACAUCUCUCUCUGCCUUCUUAAACCGAGUUUACUCCAUUUCAGCCUUUUCUGAAUUGGUGACUCUGUCAUCAGUAACCACCGAGAACUGUAGCGUGCAGAUGUGCCGCCUCUCCCUUUUUAAAAUUUUGUUUUCGUUUUUGUAUCUGGGUUGGUUUUUGUUUUCGUUUUUGUGUGUGGUUUUUGUGUGGGGUUUUUUGUACUUUUUAUUCCCCACGCCUUGUCUUCUCCCGGGAUUUUCAUCCAUUGGGCUGCCUUGCUCAUCUUUAUGCCCCAGCACUAGGUGCGGGGCCCACCACGUGGUAGGCACUCCAUCAGUAGUUUGUUGAGAACAUUGU